GCAAGCCGAAUCGCCUUGAGGCCCUGUUUACAAUAGACCGGAUUCGCAUGGUCACGACAUCAAAGCCAUGUUAAAAUAAAGCGAGUGAUCACCUCAAAAAUUUGAUAGCGUGAUAGCAUAGCGAAAUGAAAAGUUCUGGCGACGGAGAUACGGUAAAACAAUAUAAACUGAUUUCGUGCGGUAUAGUGUAAGCGGGGUUUGACUGUGUGAGUCGCAUUGUGUAGCCGAGCUAUUGUGGUGAUGAUGACAUUGUUUUACCUUACUCUGCGGUUUGAGUCAUAAAGUCGUUCAAGUUUAAUAUUCCUUUCCUUUUACCGUGUCGAAAACAAUGGAAAGUUUUCAUUUAAAAAUAACGGAUUCACAAAAUAACCUUUAAAUUUGUAUUAGUUAACAUUCACCGAAGGCUCUAAACGAACGUAAAUUUAGUUAUGUAAAUUUCUAACGUAUGAAGUUAAAUUCUGAUUGGCAGCAUUUGUAAUAUAUGUAAAUGUUCAUAUGCACCUAUCGUUUAUACUGUAGAAUGUGCAAAUUCUCAAAAAUUUAUUGUGCUUUAAUAAUAUGCAACUGAUCUAUAAACAGUGUCUGGAGCUCGUUCGUUAUGCACUGAUCUCAAAUGUUUUUAUCACACUCUCCAAUAUAUCUCUAAAAGAGAUAUAUGUCCCCAUAUAUCUCUAAAAGAAAUAUAAUUAUGUCCCUAUAUAUCUCUAAAAGAGAGAUAUAUGUCAAAAGAAACUAACAACAACAAGUUAAUAAAGUCCAUUAAUACAGUUUCUCUCAGAAUAGUACUCCAUUUCCUAAUGUUCAUCUUCAACGUCUCGGGCGAUGUCUCUUAUCCUUCCACGGCUGCUGCUCUGCGUGGUUUGAAGGGUUCCACGCUGGGGUCAAGGAGUACCAUCGUAGCAGUGGGACCAAGAGGUGUUUUAAUGUCACAGGAGAGCUCCAAAGGGUAGAGGGAUUUGACAGCACGCUCCGUGACACUCUUGCCAGUACGUACUUUUGCUCUCCGUACACAACCAUCUUUACCAACUAUCAACCUUUCGAUAAUACCAAGCAGCCAAUGAUUUUUGUUUCGUUCAGUGGAGUUGAUGAUAACAACUUCGCCAACGGAUAUAUCACUCCACGUCCCUUUAGAUUUCAACUGAUGUUUUUCGCGUAGGCUAGAUAUUUGGUCGAAGAUAUUCGGUCGUCCAUCUCUUCCACAUUGCCUUUUUACACUCCAGGAGAAAUUUCGCUCUUUUUCUCAAAUUCUUCUCUUCUAUAUGGUGAGUGUUAACUGGGUUAUGGGUAGGAUGUUGGCACUAACAAACAACAAGGAAUUCGGUGUUAGGGGAGGCAAUUGUAUGUCCUUUUCCAUGUAUGUUAGUGGUCUGUUGUUGAGGGUGUGUCGAGAAGCACUUUGGUCAGCUCUGUCCACGACAGGAUAGCUCGUCGUCCUACAACUUUAUGGUAGGCAGAUUUCAUGAGCUCGAUCAGGCGUUUAAAUUGCCCGCCCCGUGGUGGCGCGACUGAGAUUAAUCGUUGAAAACUUCGUCUCUUUGAACUUUAUUGAGCCAUUUGCCCGCCGCUGUGAAGACGAGUUGACCGCUAGAUAGGCUUGAGACAUGCCACUGAUGGUUCCUGGCACAGUAACUCAUCUGUGGUUCCUGGUGACAUCGAGGUCCAGUCGAAGCUAGUGUGUUCAGCUACCGGAUCACCAUUGCCCACACGAAGACAUCCAUCUGUUCGGAUCUUAGAGAAGUCGUUAGCCUCCACUAUCAUGUGUACUGGUAAUUGAGAUCGUCAUUGUCAACAUGAUGUGGCUUGUCUAAAGUGCGCAGCUCUGGUUUUCCGAUCUCAGUAACGGUUGCAUGAAGGCUAAAAUCGCCAUUCACUGGAUCAAUAUCAACCUCAUGGCCAAUGAUAAUGAGCAUUCAUAUCAGAAUGGUGCUGAUGAAAGUCUUCUGCCACCUAAAGUAUUUGCAAACAGUUCAUAUAGUGAAACAAAGCAGUUAAAAGUUUACAAGAAAAGAUGGUAUAUCUUGCUUGUGUACUGUGUGAAUGUUAUCUUGCAGAAUGUAAUGUGGAAUACUUGGGGACCGAUAGAAGCAACUGCAAGAGCCGUUUAUAAAUGGGAUAGUUAUGUAAUCGACUUACUUGCAGCGUGGGGCAGUAUGAUGUAUUGCGUUACUAUGGUACCAUUUGCAUGGGUUAUGGAUGUCAAAGGUUUGCGUGUAACAAUGUUGCUUUCUGCAGGAAUGGCGGUUGUUGGUUCUGUAUUAAGAUCCAUUCCCGUGGGGAAUACCCAAGUAUCGACAAUCUUAAUACACUGCGGUCAAAUUAUAAUUGAUUUAAUGGGACCAGUAUGUAUGGCUGCUCCCCCUCUCUUAUCGUCGACAUGGUUCCCGCCACAUCAGCGCACCACUGCUACAGCAAUCAUGACCGUGGCUUAUUAUGUAGGAACAGCAGGGUCAUUUUUAAUAGGACCAGCAUUCGUUGACGACGUGAAGACGACAGAUAUUCCAAAAGUCGGGGAUAACUAUCGAUUGAAUACAACAGAAGAGGAUAAAUACCAAACACAAAUCAGCUCUCUCCUGUAUUUCGAGGCAGCUUUGCAAGUGGCUGUGUUUAUUUUAAUUGCCGUAUACUACCCAUCAAGACCGCCCAUCCCUCCAAGUGCUUCUGCAGGAACAGGACGGAUUGAUUUUAAAAGUGGCGCUAAGGCACUUCUUAAAAACUACAAUUUUCUUUUAUUGUCGAUUAUAUAUGGAGCGAGUACGGGUGUUUAUGGAGGUUGGUGCUCUGUUCUCUAUCAAAAUUUAUCAGAUUAUGGGAUAUCAGUUGAUGAAAAAUUUGCGGCAUGGCUGGGAUUUGUCGCCGUCAUAAGUGGCUCUAUCUCGGGUGUUCUAUUUUCAUCACUCGCCGAUCACUUUUCAAGACACAUGAAAUCAUUCCUUAUCGUGUUUAUGGCGCUGUCGUUUUUUACAACCCUAUCAAUUUGCUACAUUUUCACCGGCGUUUUUGCAUUUAACGAGAUCCUGGUGUAUGUCGUAUUUGGGUUAAGCGGAUUCUUUUUGAUCGGCACCGUUCCCUUCUUCUUUGAGCUUGGAGUGGAAAUCGCAUACCCGGUAGCUGAGGGCAUUACUUCUGGCGUGACAACUUUCUUUAAUAACUUCCUCCAGACAAUAUUCUUGGCUGUCCCGUUGGGUAAUUUGGGUACAAAAUGGAUGUUGUGGACUACCGUAAUCACCUGUGCUGUUUCAACUGUUCUUUUGCUUUUUGUAAAAGAAGAAUAUAACAGAUCAUCGGUCGACCAACGGGCUAGACGCGGGUCUGAUUAUACUCCUGACACAGUUAAUUCUUGAUGACCAGGAUACAUUUAACAGUGACAACGACGAAUGACAAUAUGCCAAUUGAUUAAAAAAGCUAGUCUUUUUUGCUUGAAUAAUGACGAUACCUCGAAAACUAGCUAGCAUAUAGCUGUUUUUUCAUAAAGUUAUGGCACUAUAGCGCCCAGAAAAUUACUAGGCCAUGAGUAUUAUACACUUAAUGUAUGCUCCCGAGGGAAAUAGUGAGUUUUGUUUUCCCAAGAGUCUGAAUGUUUCCCGAGAC